UCUUUCGAGUAACCGGAAAUCUAGGUUGAAUCACGUGGGCGCUGAAAGUCCGCAGUCGUAAUAUAGCGGGAAGGAAGCAUUCGAGGAAAUAACCGAACUACAAAAUAACCAGCAGAUUACCAUGUCAGAUGACUGGGACGAAUCACCUGCCCAGGUGGCACCAUCCUUCGGGGGUGGAGGACAGAAAGGUUUUGGCCGUGGUGUAUUAAGACAAGAUGACUCUAGCUCAACGGACACAAAUGUAGGAAAAAUGAAUGGAUUUGGAGGAGGAAGAGGGGGAUUCAAGGGUGGGGAAAAUAGACCAAAUGGUUUUGGAGGGGGAAGAGGGGGUUUUGGUAGUGGGGACAGAUCAAAUGGAUCUGGAGGCAGUGGAGGAUUUGGGUCUCGUAAUACCGACUCCGGAGGCGGAGAUGGAGGCUUUGGACAAAAGAAGAGUUUUGGGGGAGGUGGUAGGGGUGGUGGGUUUGGCAACAAAACUGAGAAUGGAGAAAGCAGCAGUGGGGGAGGUGGCUUUGGAAACAAAAGUGGUUUUGGCAGUAGUUCCGGUGGAGGUGGGGGUUUUGGAGGAGACCGACCACCAAGGGGUGGUGGUUUUGGUGGUGGAGACAAAAAGUCAGGUGAUGGAUGCUUUAAGUGUGGAGAAAGCGGUCAUUUCUCGAGAGAAUGUCCCAAUGGUUUUGGCCGUGGUAGAGGCUGGUUACCAGCUGGAAGCGGAGGUGGCGGGGGAGAUAAAAAAUGUUUCAAAUGUGGAGAAGAAGGACAUUUCUCCAGGGAAUGCCCUUCAGCCGGUGUCGGUGGUGGUGGUGGAGGAGGUGGGAGCAAAAACUGCUUCAAGUGUGGGGAAGAAGGCCAUUUCUCAAGGGAAUGCCCCAAUGCUGAUAAAGCAGGCGAAGGAAAAGGAAUAUCAUUAGAUGGAGAACGUCCACCCCCAUAUAUUCCUCCAACACCAUCUGAGAAUGAAGAGGAUAUCUUCAUGUCCAUUCAGAAAGGAAUAAACUUUGAUAAUUUUGACAAGAUCCCUGUUGAGGUGACUGGUAGAGAUGCUCCACCGUGUAUACAAAGCUUUGAUGAUGCAGGAAUUUAUGAUACUUUCCUGGGCAAUGUGAGAAAAGCCAAGUACGAGAAACCGACACCAGUACAAAAGUACUCUAUACCAAUUAUCAUGGGAGGACGAGAUCUGAUGGGCUGUGCCCAGACUGGCUCUGGAAAAACUGCUGCCUUUAUCCUGCCAACGUUAACGGGAAUGAUGAAGAAUGGUUUGUCUGGCAGUUCUUUCUCAGCAGUGCAGGAACCACAGGCUCUUGUAGUGGCACCAACUAGAGAGCUGGCUACACAGAUCUACAUGGAUGCCAGGAAAUUUGCUCAUGGUUCCAUGCUUAGACCAGUUGUAUUGUAUGGUGGUACCUCUGUUGGGUACCAGCUACGCCAGGUAGAACAGGGUUGCCAUAUCCUGGUAGGGACACCAGGACGUCUCAUUGAUGUGUUUGGGAAAGGAAAGGUGAGCUUAGAGAAGAUCAAGUACCUGAUUCUAGACGAAGCUGACAGAAUGUUAGAUAUGGGUUUUGGUCCGGAAAUCAAGAAGAUCAUUGGUGAUUUUGGAAUGCCGGGUAAAACAGAACGACAGACUUUGAUGUUUAGUGCAACAUUCCCUGAGGAGAUACAGAAGUUGGCCUCAGAAUACCUGAAUGAUUAUCUGUUUUUGAGUGUUGGGGUUGUAGGUGGUGCCAACACUGAUGUCUCACAACACGUAUUUGAAGUAGACAGACUCCAGAAACGAGACAAACUUACUGAAAUCCUUAACCAGUCAGGCUCGGACAAGACACUUGUGUUUGUAGAACAGAAGAGAAAUGCAGAUUUCCUGGCAUCAUAUUUGUCACAGUCUGGAUUCCCUGCAACCAGUAUACAUGGGGACAGACUGCAGAGGGAAAGAGAGGAGGCUUUAGAAGAUUUCAAGAAAGGGAGAGCACCCAUACUGAUAGCCACCUCUGUGGCUGCUCGUGGUCUAGAUAUUCCGUCUGUUAAACAUGUAGUCAAUUAUGAUCUCCCUCAGUCCAUUGAUGAGUACGUCCAUCGUAUUGGUAGAACUGGUAGAUGUGGUAAUCUAGGAAAAGCCACUUCAUUCUAUACACACGAUUCCGACUCUGGAAUGGCCAAAGCUCUAGUCAAAAUCCUUACACAGGCAUCACAAGUGGUUCCUGAAUGGUUAGAAACGUAUGGUGCUGGAAGCGUCUCAACAGCAGGCUAUAUUCCUAUGGGAGGCAAAUUUGGUGGAAAAGAUAUCAGAAAGGGAAUGCCAAAGACACGUGAUGAAGGCGAGAAUCCAACAUUUGGAGGUGGAUUCGGAGGUGGAUUUAGUGGGGGAAUGGGAGGCGGAGGCAGCUCAGCCUUCGGUACUACUGAGGAUGAGGAAAGUUGGGAUUAAGGAAUGAUUGAUGCCAUAGAAAUGGACGAUGAUGAAAAACAUGAAUCACAUGAAGGUCAUCUUUUUACCAGGACAGUAUAGGAAUGUUUAGGAGUGUUGUUCGCUGUUCCUUCGUUGAUUUUUACUUCAUCUUUAAAUCAUUGAGAUUACUUGCACAAACCUAACAUGCUGUAACUAGUUGUUUUUAGACCAAGCUACACAGAAAGUGCUACUUGGAAAUGUGCUCUUUUUACACAGACUACAAAAGGAUAGUGACCUUUGCCUUGUAAAUAGUGGAAGCCAUUUUGGCGUGUAAAUAAGUUCUGUUUCAGCUGUUAUUACUGUAGUUUUAGAAAUAUGGAAACACGAUUUCAAUGAAAGUGAAUAGAAGGGGAAAGGAACAUUACAGAGAAAUCCAGGAUAUUAAAUAUGAUUGGAAGUUUUUUUAAACUCGGUGACAUGAUUGGAAUAAGCUCUUACAGAAUCAUGGUUCAUGCAAUUCAAAAAAAAAUCCAGAAAAAUGGAUAAGACUGAAUUUCAGUAUACUUCACUAAAGUGGUGACAUACCACAAAUAAGAGUUUACACUUGUGGCUAGCAGUGGAUUAUGUCGACAGUGAAAGAUAAAAGAACAAAGAUAAAGAACCAAUUAAAAAAAAAAUUCCGCAAUUCUUAAAUGGACAUUAAAACGGAAGAGGUUGAUGUUUUGUGUGAUAGAAAUAAAACAAUCAUGGACACAAAUAAAUCUGGUGCUAUAGAGUAAGCAUGUACACCAUUGAAAAGACUUGAGAGUUAGUGAAAAACUGAAAAUGCUGUAAUGUGAAAUAUGACGACAAUAUUAUGUGACAAUAGAUGGGGCAUUUUGAAACUAUACCUGUAAAAACAGGAAACAAAGGCCAGUGCACUUUGCUUGCUAACACAGUGGUGUACAUGACUUACCAAAGUAUACAUUUGUAAUAAUGGUGCUAAAGUUGCCUUCAAGGCACUGAAAGACUUAAUUGAAUCUCAGGGAAGGGCGAGGUUCUCCACAGAAAUUUGGGGCUCCCGCCGGAAAGGUGGGGUUCUACAUAGAAUAGGGGUGGGGAGUCUUCAUGUAAAAAUGGGGUUCUCCAAGGAAAGGUAGGGUUUUCCAUGGAAACAUGGGGGUCUCCAGGGAAAGAUAAUCAUGAGAUGAGGGUAGGGACCCCAGAAAUAGUAGUGGAGAAGUUGUUAAAUAAGCAAGUACAUGAGUGAUUUGCUUACUUCUAGUCGAAGUUAGUAUGUGCCAAUCUUUGCUCAGGCUCAUAAAUUCAUUGUUUUCAUUCAAUCAUUGGGACCAAUAUCAUUAGUUGGAGCAUUAAAUGGAGAGUGGGUUUAACAACAUAAAACAUUGAUAACCAUGGAAAUAUAUGUGCUGGAAGUUAUCUAUCUUCACUUUGCAGCACAUUUAGUCUGGUUCAGACACAUUUACAGUAUUCUGCAUCAGGUUAAGGUCUGUGGACAUCAGGUAUAGCAAGACAGCAGGUAGUAUUCAGACAAAAAAACAGAACAACAAAAAGUAGCAUUUUGUCUUUGAGGCUUGUACGCAGCAGUAUCAAACUGGUGAUUCCUUAGGUUUGUAGGAUUUCAGCGGUUAGCUUGUCCAUGCAGUAUAUGUUGGACAGGAAUUAGGUUAUCCAUAUGAUAGGUUGACCUAUAUUCUGUCCUCGGGUGUUGUUGGUUGUAGAAUGUAAUACCUCUUCAGAUGACAAGCUUGCAGUAUUACAUUCUUACAGGAUUGGUCAGAAAUUUUCCAUUUGUACAGCAUUAUAAAGAUCUGUGAUAGUAGGGAAUUUCUGUCUGUGAGUGUAUGUGACAUGGUCUAGUUAAUUAUCUGUGAUUGUUCCUACAAGUCUUUCAUAACCAUUUUACAACUGUGAUACUUGCCUGUCUUCAUGUUGGCCGUUGUUGUGUAACAUGAAGAAAACCAGAUGUGCCAUUGGUUGUCAAACCCUGGAGCCAUUAGCAUUUUGUUAAAAGUGUUGGAUGAUAUUUUUAUCUUGGAUGCAUUUUAACUUCUUGUUACUGGUUCCACGGAAAUGUUUUAAUCACUUGAACCACCGUCUCUACUUGUUUUAUGUUAAAGUUGAAGAUUUUUAUAAGUUUUAUAUGUUUUACUUUUUGAUGCCAAAAAGGCAAAAAUAAAAAUUGAAAUUA